GCAAAAUACGUCAUUUUUAGUGGCUUAGUAUCGUUCUUUUUACAGAGCAAUAGCUCAAUGUCCUACUUUUUUUUAACAAGAGGAUAAAAUGGAUUCGUACGAUUUAGACCGAAAGCGAAAAGCAGAAGAAGAUUUAUAUGAAGAUGUAGCUUAUAAGAAGAUUCAGUUAGAAAAUAUCAAUAGCGAAAAAGAAGAAGAAAAAGAAACUGAUAAUGGGAUACAACAAAAGAAGAGCCCACUGCUACUGCUACUACAAAGCGAAAUUCUCCUCCCCCUGCAGAUACUAUCAUUCCUUUUGACCGUUUGAUUGUACUUCACGUAGAAGCCACUUGUGAUGAAAAUCCCACUAAUCCAGCAGCAGUUCAAGUGACAAAAGAGAAUUCAGAAAUAAUUGGUAACAACUC